UUGUAUUUAAGUGUAGCAUGGACUAAUAGAUGCAGUGUAAUCCUCUUCUACAUGGUUUUGGUCUUGGACUAAACAAAGUGUGACUGUACUUGGUUUUCAUUUGAAUGAAUUCUCAGUUUACUGGUUUGUUGAGAUUUACAGAUUAAAAUUGAAACCACAAGUUUACAUACACAGAACAUUUCACAUGGUUUGAACGGAAUCAGGCCAAACUUCUCUUGCUUUAAGUCAGAAUGACUACUUGAUAAAUGAAUCGAUGCAUGAGAGAAUAUGUCAGAUUUAUUUAUGGAUGUCUUCAAAAUCAGAAGCUUACUAUAUGUUUACUGUCUCUAUAAAUGAUGAGGAAAUGUCCAGAUGAUGAUGUCAUGGUUUUGGAAACCUCUGAUUGGUUCACUGACAUAUUUGAGUAAACUGGAGUUACACGUAAGGAUGUAUUUCAAGGCCGUGGAACACACCGCUUUCUGCUUUGAUAUGAUGGGAAGGUCAGCAGAAAUGAGCCAAGAUAUCAGGAAGAGAACCAUGGAGCUGCUCCAGUCUGGUUCAUCCUGGGAACCAUUUACUGAUGCUUGAAGCUGCUGCGUUCCUCUGUUGGAAGGAAGUUAAACUCUCGUAGUAAAUUUGUCUUAUAGAUGGACAAUGACCCUAAGAUAUAGCCAGGUUACAUAGUGACUACAAAGUCAGUGUUUAGAUGUUUAGGUUUAGGUGUGGUCAUGAGAAAGCCCUGGUCUCUUUGCCCUGUAGAGAAUGAGGCGGCCUACAAACCUGACUCUGUUCCAGCAGUUCUGUCUGAUGGAAUGGACCAGCUAAAGCUGCCAAAUACAGAGAAAGUAUGUAAACUUCAGAUUUUAAUAAAUACGUUUCAUAGGCUUUCUCUCAUUAUUGUGGCAUUUGGAAAAUAGAAAAAAUUUUGGUAACUGAAAUUGACCUAAAACAAGAGAAGUUUGGUCUGGUUUAACUUGAGACAGUGAGGAAAAAAUGUGUCUUUUUAUUCAGUGUAUGUAAACUUCUGGUGUCAACUGUAUUUGCUGUGGAUGGACAUCCUGAAUUUAAACUGACUUUCCCAUGGCUGCCUGCUGAGAACCUGAGCAUGGUGUUGCUGCUCAUCCUUCCUCUGAUUGGUGCGGCACCAAACAGUGUUGUUGAUGGUUCUGUCCCAGAAUCCCUUUCACCCAGAGAUGUUGGCUUAAAGCUUCGGGAGGCUCUGAAGCAGCAGCUGACAAUCAUCCAUGAACGUGUGGAGGCCAAGAAGAUGGCUAAGCUGGCUCUGGCUGAAGUCAGGCAGCUGCUGGCUAAAGAAGAGGAGGAAAAGGAGCUGGACCUGGGCAGGAAGGAAAUAACUGCCAGGGUGAAGGAGAGAGUGGCCAGCAGACUAAAGGAGGAGGAGGAAAAGAUGGAGAAAGAAGAAAUAGAAAAGGCUCUGGAAAAAGUGCGAAAGGAAAAGGUUAAACAAAACGGCGAGGAAAAGGAAGAAGAGACCAAAGAUAAGGGAGGGGAGAAGAAAUCAAAGAAAAGAGAGGAAAAGGUGCUGGGAAAGGAAGUAAAAAAUGAAGAAAAGGUUAAAUUGACUCUCAAAGAAAAAUGGAAGAAAAUUAGAGCUGAGAAAUCUGUUAAAGAAGGCAAAAAAUAAACUCCGAGCUCUGUACAUUUUAUAAGAAAGGCAAUCCCAGUCACAGCCAUUUUUGAUUGGUGGACUGGUAGUCAAUAUAUGUUUUACUUAAUAGUCGUUAUCUGUGUAAUAAAUACAGGAACCUCUAAAUGAUGAGACUAUAGGUCCUGAUCUGUUUUACCUGUGAUUCCUGUUUUGUUUAAAUAUGACCCUUUAAAUGGAGCCAGUGCAGUCAGCUGAUCUUUGUAUGGAAACCAGUCCUUCCAUUUGCACUGUUGUGAUGAGCCUGAUGCAGCCUAUCAGAGCAAGGAGUCAUGAAAUCACACCUCAAUAACAUCUCAUAUUAUCUAUUUUUGCUCUUUUUUGUGAAUUAAAAAAAAUCUAAUUGCUCAAUAGAUUUUUAAGUGUCUGAGUGUAAAAUAUUAAUAUUCACAAAAGCGUUCGGUGAGAUCAGUGAGAAGGCUGCAGUGUUUACGCUCGUUAUUGUGUCGACUCUUUCUACUGAAUUUCCCAGAAAAAUGGAUCAGACUGGCAAAAAUCAAGCCAUAAAUAAUGUUUUCACAGAAUUAAAAAGUUCUCUAUUAAAAAUGUCAUAAUUUUUAUGUUCUGAAGUUUAACAUUUGCGAUAACACUUUAUUUGAUGGGUUGUGAAUAAGAUUGUCAUGACACCGUCAUAAACAUGACAUAACACCUGUCAUGAACAUGAGGAAGUCUUCAUGAAUAUU